ACAAUCUCUUAUAAACUAGUCACCUAACCGCUUGUGAUAGUUUUACUAUUGAUUCAUAAUACAUUAAUACCUAAUAAAAAGAUUAACGUUUUUAUUACGUUAAACUGUAAUUAUUUGUUCUUAUUUAAAUAUUUGUGUCUACUCAACAAUUUCUCGUGUAUUUAUAUGGUCUCAUUUUCAAACGUUUUUAUCACUGUUUUACAAUAGGGUUUAACUGUAUGUUAUUCUAUAUUAUGUGCUUAUAGUUUGUAAAUAAAUGGACAAUCCGAAGUAUGAACAUGACAAUGGUUCACAACAAAAUUCAACUAUUAACAAUGGCAAUUUACAGUUAAAUUAUGGCACAGGAAACAAUGAUGUUAUCUUGGCAGUGGAUGAUGCGGAAUUGUCAAAAAUUACUUCUAAUCAGAAUAAAAUAUUUAUCCAACAUACCAAAGGCACUUUUCUAAAGAAUCCAACCAAUUUUACCAAAAGAAAACUAUUUAUAUUGCAAUGGAUUUUCAUUUACUCGAGUGAAGACUUUCUUGGCGAUCUCUUAGCCGGCAUUACGAUCGGCUUAACUGUAAUACCUCAAUCAAUGGCAUUGGCCAGCAUAGUCGGAAUACCAGCUCAGUAUGGUCUUUAUAGUUCAUUUGUGGGAACAUUUAUUUACUUACUGUUUGGCACAAGUAAAGUAGUCCCGAUGGGACCCACCGCCAUUGUGGCGCUUUUGAUUAACAACACGAUCGGGACCCGAGGACCGGCGUACGCGACGUUGUUAUGCUUCUUGACGGGUGUCAUCCAGACGCUGAUGAGCUUCGCGGGUUUGGGGAUCAUCGUCAAUUUUAUAUCAGUUCCGGUGUGCUCGGGGUUCACGUCUGCCGCAGCCAUUCUUGUCAUUACUUCCCAACUGAAAGACCUGAUCGGCGUCAAGGGUGGCGGUGGAAACCUGUUGAAAAUGUGCAGAACCGUAUUGGAGCACAUCAGUAAUAUUAGCAUAGGAGACACAAUCAUGGGGUUUGCGUGCAUAGGGACGGUGAUGCUUUUAAAGGCAUUUAGUACUACGCGGAUAGGUCCAAAAGAAGAAGAACUACAAACUGCAUGGCAAAAAAAUGUAAACAAGCUCAUCUGGGCGAUCGGUGCAUUUAGAAAUUCAUUUGUAGUAAUCGUAUGUAGUAUUAUCUGUUAUUGUUGUGUACAUAAGACAAACCACGAUAUCACAUCUGAUUGGGCACCACCAAUCCCUUUCAAAGUCAUAGGAAAAAUACCCUAUGGAUUGCCUCAUUUCCAGUGGCCAGAGUUUAGCAAUUCUAACGAAAGUUUCUUGGACAUUAUUUUAUUCAUGGGCUCAGGCAUUAUUGUGAUACCGCUCAUAUCGUUACUUGAAAACAUAUCACUCUGCAGAACUUUUGCGGAAGGUAAGCCAAUAGACACAGAUCAAGAGCUAUUGGCAAUUGGAAUGGCGAACAUUGGCAAUUCGUUCUUUCAAGGUUUUGCCGGAUCUGGAGCCAUCGCUAGAGGAGCGCUUAACUAUUCGAGUGGCGUACGCACGCCCCUCGGAGGACUGUACACGGGACUUACUGUUAUGGCGGCAUUGUUGUUUUUGACACCAUAUUUCUAUUACAUCCCGAAGACCUCACUAGCAGCCGUUAUAAUCGCUGCCUCAUUCAUGAUGGUUGAUGUCAAGAUGGUCAAAUACGUUUACAAUUCAAAAAAAAAAGAUUUGGUGCUCAUGUUGAUCACGUUUUUCUCAUGCUUGUUUCUUCCAUUGGAAUACGGCGUGCUCAUCGGCAUCGUUGCAAACGUCGGGUUCAUAAUGUGCAGUGCUGCCAAACCCAAAAUAUCUAUCCAAGUUCAAAAGAAUUGCGAUGGAAUUAAAUACCUGUUGCUAACACCCGACAGAUAUUUGAUAUUCCCUUCGAUGGAAUACGUACGACAAACGAUAACCAAACACGGCCUCGCUCUUGGAAUCCCAGUUGUCAUCGACGGUUCCAGUAUAUUCGAGGCAGAUUUCACAACGGCAAAUGUAUUUUCCAUGAUGUCACUGGACUUUUCAAAAAAAGGUCAAUAUCUGUAUUUGUAUAAUCUAAAGCCCAGCGUAGCUAGUGUCUUUAAAGGAAUAAAAAACUGUAAUAUUUAUUUGUGUGCAAAUAAAGACGAGUUAAACGAACUGCUAAGAAAUCAUUUCGGACCAUCACAAAUUCAAGAACAAUAUCAAAACGAAACAAUUUGGACAUCAAAAAUGUAAACUUAAAUUGAAUGAUCUCUAAAUAAAAUACAAUAUAUUCAAAUCGGCUUAAGUAAAAAUAUGUGUUCGAUAAUUUAAGAUUUAGAUAUUUUGAUUACAACCCGAGUGGGAUGUAAUUAUUUGAUCAAGAUAUGAUAUCAUGUACAUAUAUAAUACGCCGUGUUCUAGCACGUAAAAUAAAACUUAUAAACCUACAUUUUAUUAAAUUAUAUAAAAGAGCAUAGAUUUAUGUACAAAUUGUUAUCAAGUUGUGUUUCUUGUUAUUGUGUGUUUUAUAUUAAUAAAUAUAGAUCGGUAUUGUUAUAAUA